AUGAUGUUCUAUGUGCUCCCAUUGGCUCUUUUGCUCGGAUCGUUCUCAGUCGACGCCUUCCGUGGAUUGCCAAGUCUUCCGGGAUAUUUGACAGCCUUUGGUGCUGAUGUUUCAUCGGAAGACCAAGGAAAUGGAAGAUUCUACAGUCGUGGAUUGAGAGUCAAGACCUAUCCAAGAGUUUACGGAGGACUCGAAAAUCUUGCCGAACCGAAAGAUAAAGAUCCAGUACUUGCCCAAAUCCGGCAAACAGUUCAAAUGGAUAUCCAAAAGAUUAGUGAUGAAGUCGGAUUGGUCUCUAGAAAAAUCUCUGCCAUUUACAAUAAUCAGAAACUGAGCAACGAGGAAAGAAACAACCAAAUCCAACUGCUGACCGAGAAACAUCCAAAGAUUGUGCCAGCAGUUCUCAACUUGAUCGGAAAACUUCACAAAAUCAACUCCUCCGAUCGUUACAAUAGAUUUUGA